UUGUGUGCUCUGCUCAAAGUUUUACUUCUUGUAUGAACUUUUGUUGUCAAUGAUGGUUUCGUUUUAGCAUUGUCACAAAGCAACGAUAUUCUAGGGUUAUACAUACAGUGUGUUUUGGAAACCAGACCAGAAAGAGAGCAGGACUCGAUGGUCCCUGUGGGUCCCUUCCCACUCGGGUCAUUCUGCCCUCUCGGCGCGCGGCGGCGGCGCCAACUGUUUAAACGGGAUCCCGGAAGGGCCCCGCCCCCCCGGCGGACUCAGCCAAUCGGAGGCUCUGCCCGUGCCACCUCAGCCAAUCCGCGGCGCUGCCGGGCCGGGGCGGCGCCGUUGGGCGUGGGACGUUGGGCGCGGGACGCCGGGCGCGCGCGGGCCGGUCCUGGAGGCGGGAGGUGGCCGAGACGUCCCCGGUGGUAGAGGUUCGUCCCCACCCGCCGACCGCCCUCUCCCUGCUUAACGCGGCCCUCCUCCCGCCCCGCAGAACAGGCGGGACGUGCGAUGCGGAGCGCCGCGGCGGGGCCGGCGGCUGACCCCCGUAAGGGCUGCGCGGGAGAAUGCAGCAGGCGGGCGGGGGCAUGGGGAGCAGCGACAAGGAAAAUCACUCUUCUGAGCCAUACAGGAACGUGUUGAAAACUCCUUUGAAACAAACAGCUACCUCACAUUCGGUGUUGAGAGAGAUACAGCCCGACUGUCAGCAUCUAACCACACCCCCAAAGCCUAAAAAAAUCCCUCCGGCAGAUCCAUGGACUCCUACUUGGAACCUGAAAAUGCUGGUUAGCGCUGCUAGCCCUGAGAUUAGGAGCAGAGAACAGAGAAGGGAACUGUCAAACAACACAAAUGAGGUCCCACAGGCAAAACACUGUUUGCAGGAGCACUUGUCGGGAGAUGAAUGUGAAAAAUCUCAACCAAGUCGUAAAGAGAAAAGUCUAGGAUUACUAUGUCAGAAAUUUUUAGCUCGAUAUCCUGAUUACCCCAGCACUGAGAAUAAUUUUAUUUGCCUUGAUGAAGUAGCUGAAGAGCUCAAUGUUGAACGCAGACGCAUAUAUGAUAUUGUGAAUGUGCUAGAGAGCCUACACAUGGUGAGCCGCCUUGCCAAAAACAGAUAUGUUUGGUACGGGCGACAUAACCUCUUCAAAACCCUGCAAGCUUUGAAAAAAGCUGGAGAAGAGAACAAAUAUACCCGACAAAUCCAGAUGAUCAAGAAAAGAGAGUAUGAGAAUGAAUUUGAUUUUGAUGGUGAAAGAAACAAAGAAACGGCAAGAUAUUUCAACUCCAGUGAGCCUUCAGAAAUGUCUUUUGUUGAGCUCCCAGGAACAGAAUUUCAUCCUGCGUCAGUAAAUGGCAGGAAAGUCACAUCUUUACGAGUGAUGAGUCAGAAGUUUGUGAUGCUGUUUCUUGUAUCGACUCCUCAAGUAGUAAGCCUUGAAGUUGCUGCAAAAAUCUUGAUUGGAGAAGACCGGUUAGAAGACUUAGAUAAAAGCAAGUUUAAAACCAAAAUUAGGAGACUUUAUGACAUAACAAAUGUUCUCAGUAGCCUUGAGCUCAUCAAGAAAGUUCAUGUUACAAAGAGAGGUAGAAAACCAGCAUUCAAGUGGACAGGACCUGAGGUCUUGCCAGAUACUCGAGGUACUGAUCACCAUUUAUCAGCUUUCCCCAGUAAAACAGCUCACGUUCCAGCAAUCGCUACACAUCAGCUGGAAGGACAAUCAAAGAAAGCAAGAGUGUUAAAAAUGAAAUUGUCACAAUCUGCUUUGGAAUGUACUUUGUCCUCACCUGAGGUAGUCCCCAAGCCUGAAGCUCCUCUCAGCACAGGACCCACCGAACAGGUGGCUAUCACGCAGCCGCUUGGUGCUUGUAGUCCAAGCCACAGUGCAGUCUCACCAGUAAUCCUACCUCACACUCCUUCUGGUGUUCCAUACGCAAUGUAUCUGCAUCCUUCCCAAACCCACACUGUGACAACAUACAGCCCAGGUUUCAUGUUGCAGCCUCUAUCGUGUGCUAACGUAACUGGAAUUAAGAGUAUUAAUUCAAAAAUAUUAAAUGAAGUAACCACGGAAGAAGGGGACAGUCAGACAGCUACAGAUGAUCCAACAAAAUCCUUGACAACUCAAGAAAGACUGCCUACGAAAUCAGAAACUUCACCACAGAGGGGCCUUAAAAGAUCACAUGCAUUACAAGAGAAUAACUUGGUUAAAAGGUUUAGAAGCGACGAGAAAAGCCUUGAUACUUCUCUGGGAGAAUGCAGUAAAAAUGAAACGCCACCUUCCAACAGCUCACAGAUGAAUCAUGGAAUGGACAAUUUCCAGGAGGAGGGACAGAACACAACUGAAACAUUAUAUCAAAACAAGACCUUUUUUCCAUCUGGCUGUCUUAUUCCUCUUACUCACUACAUCCACAGCAAUAAGGAAGGCUUUUCUAAUAAAGAGAAAGAUGGGAUAUGUUCAUCACAGCGCACUACCCACAGCUCACCCGUUACUGGUAUCAUUCCAGGGACAACAUCUGAACUGAAAGCAGUUAACAUUCCUGCUUUUCAUAUAACUCCUUUGAAUAUAAUGCUGUCACCAACUUCUAUAGGUGCUGCACCUGUAGUGAGCAACUCCUGUCUCAAUUCAAGCAACACCUCUUCUGUCCAAAAUCCCAGUCCUUCAUUUCUGAACUUCGCACUGCAACAUAUAGGACUACUAGCUGCUGGUGUGCAAGUUCCUUCAAAUCCCGUUCUUCAGCACAUGCCAGUUCCUUCACAACCAGAAAGUGUUAGCCAUAGCUCAGAAAAUAUGCACUUGCAAGAGAAGCCUUGUGUUCCAAGGGAACCCCAAGAGCCCCAGGCAGCUACAGAAAAUUUUUUCCGCACACCAGGAAGGCCAAAUACAGCAUCUUCACUAUCUGCAAAUUCAAAUGGUACUGACAGAAUGUCUCAAAGAACUCUGUAUAUUCCUCAACAAAAACUUGAAGUGUCAAAAGACUAAUUUUGGGAGAUCGAAUUGCUGAAUGUAUUAGCAGGUGCAGUUACUGGUAACACACUGCACGCAUCCUGGAUUUGAUGAUGGACAGUGUGUGGCUUGGACAUGUAUUGGCAAGAGCUCAAUACUGGAAUAAAUGCUUUAGAAUUAAAACUUGCUCUUAAUGAGAAAGUUAACAUCUAAUAAUUUUUACAAAAGGCUUACCUGACCUGUUAUAGGAACAAAUUUAUGUAUCUUGUGUUUUUUGUGUUUCUUUUCUGCUAUGCAAAGUAAGCUGAAAUUGUCUUUGUAUAGAAAGGUACAGUCUAUCACUAGUACAUAUUUUGCACAAAGAAAAGGACUGUAAGCGUGUACAUAUUUUAUGUCUUAAGAAAAAGGCCAUAGUUAAAGUAUCCAGCUCCUAUGUUCAAUAAUAGUUUUUUGUAAAGUUAGGUAAAAAAAACAAAUGCACAAAAAUUGAUUAAAAAUUGUUUUAAGUUAAGAA